GCUCGGCGCGGGGAUGCCCGGCUGGGAGCGCCCGGCUCGCCCAGGAUGAAGAAGCACCAUCACCACUCGGUGCAGGGCACCUUCAGCCGCCUCUUCGGGAAGCGCCACUCCAGCCCCACCGCCACGUCCCUCUUCGCCACCAACCCGCCCUGGAUCUUCACGCAGGAGGUGACCUCGGACAGCGCGGGUGGCACCGGUGAUGUGAUCGAGGUGUAUUACGGUGACAAUCGCUUUGGGACAGUGACAGACUCUGGCACAGCAACGCUCAAACCUCGUCCCCGGGUCCGGCCGCUGCUGACUUUCCUACCCCUGAAUGCCCAGGAAUCCCAUGGGGUGGCUGUGCCAACGCCUUCAGUGCCAGAAGACUUUGAGGAAAAGGCAGCUCUUGGCUCUGGCUCCCAGAUCAAUGGCAACUACCGAAUGUACAGCUCCGUGGGGGACCUGCGCCCACAGGCUCUGGAGGGGGAUGACCUGGAUGAGGACAUCCCUCCUCCACCCUCAGUACCCCCACCGCCCCCUCCAACAGCACCGGCGCCUGUGCCACCCCCUCCAGCCUCGCCGGUCCCUCCACCACCCGAAGUGCUGCCUCCACCGCCGCCUCCGCCACCCGAGGUGGUGCCACCACCUCCUGCCGUGGCACCUCCACCACCUCCAGCCUCUGCCCUGUCCUCCCCCAGCACACCAGCUCCUCCAGACUUCAUCCCCCCAGCCCCACCAGGUGCCUCGCUGCUCGUCCAGGACCCGGCGCCCUUCCCCUCCGGCAUCUCCAAGUGGAAGUCCGAGACGGUGCUGAACACGAGGCAGGCGGAUGCCGAGGGGCCUGUCCGCCCUGCUGAGCCCGGCGUGCCCGCUGCCCCCAGCCCCAAGGAGAGCCUGCAGCCCAAGCACUGCCCCGAGCCCCACCUCACCUUCCCCAGGUCCUUCAAGGUGCCCCCGCCGGCCCCGGCCCGCUCCUCCUCCAUCCCCGUGCAGGAGAACCAGCCUGCCCGGCAGGAGCCCUUCCCCAGGCAGCCUCACAGCCGGCCCCCUCUCCCACCCUGCUUCACCAUCAGACCCGCGGCCAAGGCUCGUGGCGGGGGAGAAGCUGAGCAAAGGAAACCCGUCACCAAGCCAGCUGUGCUGACACCCCCACCCCUGAGCCCCAAGCCGGGCUCAGGGCUCAGCCAAGCCGGCCGCCGGUCCCCUGUGCCUGAGGUGGAGAAGAUUCCCCAGCAGAAAACAGCUGAGAGAGACUCUCCUCCAAAACCUGAGCCUCUCACUGCCAACGACCUGGAUCUGCCCCCUCCGGACUACCCGAGCUGCGAGGAUGACUGGAAGGACGCCAACAACCUGAACCAGCUGCGGCAUGAGCUGUCGGCCCUGCUGCGCUCCCCGCGCAGGGAGGAGAGGCCCGUGGAGAAGCCGGCAGCUUCCCAGCCCAUGGACAGCAGGACCAGCCGUGCUGGCAGUAGGGAACCUGCUCUCAGUGAGCCCCAACCUGCUGGGAAGGACACAGGGUUAUCCAAGGGAGGGGACAGUGAGAAGAAAGAGGUGCCCAGCAGCCCCCCCAGCACCAACGGGGGCUCUCCCAGCACAACGGUCACCGCUCUGGAGAGCAGCCCUGCCACGCACACCCGCAGCGUGAUGACGAUCAGGAACGAGCUGGAGGCCGUGCUGUCCCUGAAGAAAGAGGGGAAACCUGCCCCAGGGCUUGGGGGCCAGAAGCAGGGCACUGAAAAUGGCAUCAGCACCCCACACGUGAGGAAGAGCCCCCCUGACCUGAGGAAGGGCCCCCUCGAAGCAGGUGACUUGGUGCUGCCAAAGCCGGUCCCAAGCCCGCUUCCAGCACCGGUGGUUGCUGUGGAGAAGGAUGAGACAGAUCAUGAGGACCAUCCCGCUCCUACCACUGGCAAGGCCACAGAGGACUUGACCCCUGCUCCUGGGUCCCUCAACAGCAGCCUGAGCCCCCUGGAUCCACCUCAGGGACCAGCGAAGGAGCCCCCUGCUCCUGCCUCCCCCUCGCCCCCCGUCUCCCCUGCACAGAGCCCAGCACCACAGCCCAGCACGGCCGUGUUCCAGUACAAAGUGCACCGGGCUGGGGCCAGCUCGGCCGAGCCUCCCUCUGCCCCAGGCUCAGCUGAACCUCCCGGCCCUGGCAGCUCAGCCAGGAGCCCCCCGGGCACCUCUGGAGCGGGCCAGGAGGAGGUGCUGAUCCACCCAGUGACAGGGGAGCGGGUGGAGCGGGGGUCCCCCAUGGCCCUGCUCCUGGCAGCCCGGCAGCGCGCCCAGCGGGGCCGCCAGGGCGGGGACGUGGGGUCUGCGCUGCGGGCGAAGCCACCCCUGAAACUCAGCAGUGCCUCGUCGGACACCACCUCCACCAACUUCUUCCGCCACGAGUCCAAGCCCUACUCCUUCACCGUGGUGCCCCGGCCGGCGGCAGCGGGGUCUGGAUGGAGCAAACCUCCCUCCUUCUCCAGCUCCUCGGACCAGGGCCGGGAUGUGCGGGCGGUGGGCGAGGCGCAGCCCCCCGGCCUGCCUGGGCACCGACGAGCCGCUGCCUCCAGCCUGCUCCGGGGCCUGCUGGACUCGGGGCAGCCAAACCAGCCCAUCCCAUCGCGCCACGCCGUGCCCAGGGAGGAGGAGAACGGGGAGACGGCGCUGGACUACGGGAUCAUCCCCCCACCCCCCGAGUUCAGCAACGAGGCGGACGAGGGUGCCCUUCCGAGCCGGGAGGAGAGCCGCAAGUGCCCCAGCUUCCCCGACUGCAGCCGGGGCACGGAGGAGCCGCGCUAUUUCAGGUGGCCCGGCUACGGGGGCCGCUACGGGGUCAACCACGAGGCGCCAGCCCCGCUGCCCUCGGAGAAGAGCCGGAGGAACGGCGACUUGAUGCCCCAGUUCCCGGAUUACAGCAGCUCCAGCGGCUACUCCGGCCACGGCCCGAACCCCCGCCCGCUGAUCAAGAAGCGCCUGUACGUGUCCGAGCCCGACAGCUCCUACCCACGGGCGGCCGCAGCCCCCCGGGCCACGGGCACCCUCUCCUCCUACGGCCCCGGGGGGUUCAGCUCCGUGGGUGGGGAGGGGUCCCGCCGCCUGGGCCCUGCCCUCAGGAACGGCCCCACGGGGGUGCAGGGCAGGCGGCCCUCCGUGGAUGCUGCUGGGAAGGCCGUGGUGUACGGGAACGCCGGGGCCGACACCAAGUACAAGGGGCAGAACGGGGAUUUCUCGCCCGCCAGCGUGCUGGCAGCCAGCAGACCUGCCCACGGCAGCCCCCAGUACGGCGGACCCACCAACACCUUCACCGUCAGGCCCGGGACACGCCAGCCCAUCUCCUACGCCUACCAGAGCAGCCACCGGUAGGCUCGUCCCCAGGGCUGCUUUGCCACCUGCACCCGGCUGGGAAGGGAGGACGAGGUGCCUGGCAUGGUCCUUUCCUUCUCCACGGGCCCCAGGGACGGUCCCGACCCAGCCAGCAAACGAGCUGCUUGAAACUGCUGCUGGAGAAGGUGGGGGGUGACCCUGGGACUCGGGACUUUUAUCUCAAAAGACUGUCACGGAGAGUAAGUUACUGCGGACAGGCCGCUGCCUUGUUACGUGAGCAAACGUGGUUUGCCUUUUUCCCCACUGUCCCCCUUGGAUCGUUUUCAGAAUUGCAGCCUGAUAGGUCGUCUAAGAAAGCCA